AUUUUAUAAAUAGCACAAGCUUAAAAUCCAUAGUACACUCUCUUUCCACCUUCUAAUAAUAUUUAGUUUCAACUAUAUUUGCAUCCAAACAUGGCAGAAGCUCCAUCUACAAACACCACUCUAAGAUUAUCUGGCAAAGUAGCCAUAGUAACAGGAGGUGCUAGUGGCAUAGGUGAAGCCACGGCGCGUGUCUUCGCGAACGAAGGCACGCGUGUGGUUGUGAUUGCUGACAUCCAAGAUGAGCUUGGAAAUCAAGUAGCUGCGUCCAUAGGCAACCAAAGGUGCACCUACAUCCAUUGUGACGUGACAGAUGAAGAUCAAGUUAAAAAUCUCGUUCAAUCAACGGUCAAUACUUAUGGGCAGCUGGAUAUCAUGUUCAGCAAUGCUGGAAUCAUUAGUUCCACAGCUCAAACAAUAAUGGAACUUGAUAUGUCCCAACUUGACCGUUUAUUUGCCGUCAAUGUCCGUGGAAUGUCGUUGUGUGUGAAACACGCGGCGCGUGCAAUGGUAGAGGGUCACGUAAGGGGGAGCAUAGUGUGUACAGGGAGUGUUGGCGGUAGCCGGGGAGGCUCGAGGUCAACGGAUUACACGAUGUCAAAGCAUGCAGUAUUGGGGCUAAUGCGUGCGGCCAGCGUACAACUAGCCGCACACGGGAUAAGAGUGAACUCUGUCUCGCCGAAUGGGUUGGCAACACCUUUGACUUGUAAGUUGUUGGGAAUGAGCAAUGAGGAAGCACAAGAGAAUUAUAAAAAUUAUGCAAGGCUUGAGGGAGUGGUGCUCACACCUAAACAUGUGGCAGAUGCUGUAUUGUUUUUAGUUUCUAAUCAGGCUGAGUUUGUAACUGGUCUUGAUCUUAUUGUCGAUGGUGGAUUUGCCAAGGUAUAAAUAAAUGUCUAAAUAAAUAAAUUAAAAACAAUAACAACAUUAAAAGAGAAUCCAA